AUGAUGUCUGAUCAGUUUAGAAAAGUAGAACCGUAUUCACCGAAAUCCUCACCUCGAGGAGGGAGGUCACCAGUUGUUUCACGUCAGGAUUCUUCGGGAACCCUAAAAACUACUAUUUCACUCGGCAAGAACCCUGCAAUAGUGCAUAGUGGCCCUUUCUAUUUGAUGAAAGAACCUCCAGGAGAAUGUGAACUAACAGGUGCCACAAAUUUAAUGGCGUAUUAUGGUCUAGAACACUCGUAUAGUAAAUUUAACGGCAAAAAAUUGAAGGAGUCACUGUCCUCAUUCUUACCCAACUUGCCUGGUAUAGUUGAUGGCCCUGGUCAGGAGGACAACAGCACCUUAGGAUCAGUUAUAGCCAAAAGACCUAUUGGCGGUAAAGAAUUGCUGCCACUAACUAGUGCACAGUUAGCAGGUUUUAGACUUCACCCUGGUCCAUUACCAGAGCAAUACCGUUAUGUAAGCGCAACACCACCCAAGAGGCAUAAGAGCAAACACAAGAAACACAAACACAAAGAUGGUGCACCUCCUGGCCAAGACACACCUUUACAAGAUUCUUCAAAUCCGGACACAUAUGAAAAGAAACAUAAAAAGCAAAAGCGACAUGAUGAUGACAAGGAACGUAAGAAAAGAAAAAAGGAGAAGAAGAGGAAAAAACAAAAGCACAGUCCAGAACAUGGAGGCCUCACACCGAGUCAGCACCCUGUUUCAUAA